AUGGAUGCUAAUCAAACAAUUGCCAGUGCUAUUAAAAAGCCGAAAAAAAGGGGUGUCAAAAAUAAAAAGAAAAGAUUAACUUUUCAAGAUGAAGCCCAACCUGAAGAGGAGUUACUUUUAAAAGAGUCAAAACAUUUAGUCACAGCAAAGACUACUACCUAUCUUACCUUUGGCUUUGUUUUUAUUAAAAGCUUACCUUAUCAUAAUCUAGAUAUAGUAGGAGCAACGUAUAACAACAGGAGUAAAAAACUGGUGCUGAUAGAUGGAAGAGGAUUUUUCAGUCUGGAUUUGUUACCUUCCAAUUGUACUGCUAAAAGAGAGAUGUAUUUUCCAAAGUAUCAAUUUAAUUUGGCAAGAAUCAUCACUUACUCUGAAAAAUACAAUGUUUACUUUGUUCUGCAAAAAGACUUUGCAAUAAAGGUUUACAACAAGAACUAUGCUGAAAUUUGCUCUAUAGAUAAUCCAGGUUUAGGACGGAUGACAUACAUAUCAUUUAACCCAGUGAAAGAGGAACUUAUCAGCGGAGGAAUCACUGGAGUGAAGACUUGGAAAUUUAAAGAAAAGAAGCACCCACUUGAUUUUAAUCCUAUUCCAAUGUACAAUUACAGUCUUUUCCUUAGUACAGAAUAUCCACACAUGGGGAAGAAAUGGUGUACAAAUAUGGAUUUUGAUAUCACUUUGCAAAGAUAUUACUGCUUUUCUGGAGGCCACUUUUUCUGCUAUGAUAUCAAUGGGAAACUGCUACUUGAGAUACUCAAUGCACAUGAAAGAUCUAUUAUCUCUUGUGUCUACUCAUCUAAUCUUAACAUUUUGCUUACUGCUUCAAAAGGCAAUGAAAUAAAAUCUUGGAAUGACCAAGGCUGCUUGCUCCAUGUAUUUCAAGGUCAUUCCAAAACGGUUACAAAGCUUCUGCUGCACCCAAACACUACUUCUUUAUUUAUCUCUGGAUCUCUAGAUGGAUCAGUCAAACUCUGGUCAUUUGAUAGUAUGGAUUCUUUUUACAGCUUAUCCCUCUUCCAAGAAGGAAUACUUUCAAUUGGCACGAUGGAAGAUAAAUUUCUUUACUGCUGCUCUGCUCAUAAUGUUCAUAUUUAUGAUCUGAAUUUAUUUACCAGCUUUUGGAGUCAUGUCAACAGCCCAAUAAACCACUUUCACAUCUGUAGUGCUGUUGGGAAAUCCAACAGGGUGGCUGCAAUGGGUGUUGAUAACAGUUUAAGAAUAUUUUCUGUUCAAACUGGGAAGAAAUUAUGCACUGUUUUGCCACCUCCUUAUCCUCCUAUGCUACAGCCAGUUCUCAGCUUUACCUACAACCGAACUUGUGGAACUAUUUAUUUUCUAUUGACACCCUAUGAUAUAUGGAUUUAUACAGCAAAGACUGAUCCUGCAUGCAGAGCAGCAGUAUGGACCACAAGGGAACUACAAGAACAUUUACAUCGAAAACACCCUUUAGCUUCAUGUAUUGAGAAAAAUGGAUAUUUUCAACAUACACAAAAAAGGAACUUUAGAACUUCAGCAAAAUGUGAAUGCCUCUGCAGCUUGUCCUCCUCAUUAUGUUACUUGGCGGAUGAAGGAAUGAUAUAUGCAGAUAAUCAGGAAUUUCUGGUUCUCGGUAUGCAGGAUGGAAGAAUUCUAUUUCUCCAUACAUCUGUUCAAAACUUGGUAUAUUAUGAGAUGGCUACUUAUGAAGAUCCUGUCAUCCAUUUGCAACAUGAUAUAAUCCAUCACCAGCUGGUAAUCAUGUGCCAGAAACCAAAAUACAAAUUGAUUCACUACAGGAGUCUACCUGCUCUGGAACUGGUCUUUCAAGUUUAUUUGCCAAACGAUGCGACUGUUUUCACAAGACUUGACAGAUCACUUUUUAUUGGCCUGAAAUCUGGCAUCGUGGAUAUUUUAAGUAUUCUAGAGGAAAGCAAUGAAGUGGCAUUUCCUGAAAAAGAGAAAAUAGAAGAAAAAAAUCUUCCAGCAACCUACCACGAGGGUCCUGUGAUAUCAGUGGAUUCCUGCAAGACUCUUUCUGUCUUUCUCAGCUGUGGGUCAGAUGCUGCAAUAAAACUAUGGAAUAUUUACAAAGACCUAAUAGCUGAGAUCAGACUUGAUAAUACUUUAAGCACAGCCUGCUUCCUCAAUAAUUCUGGUGAUAUUUUACUGGCUUUCAAAAAUGAUAUUUAUAUCUUAUAUCACAGUAAAAUGUUGCACUUUUUGAGAACUAGUAUUCAAACUGCGAAAGUUAUAGAAACAGAAUCCUAUAUUUUUGAAAGCCAGCUUUUAGAUUAUCAUUACAAAACGGAUGCCCCUAAAUCAAUUGAGAUGGCUUCAUAUCUGGUGCCUUAUAAGGGAUAUUCCUUCACUGAAGAUUUUACAUCAGAAUUGCAGGUUUUGCCAGAGAAGAAAGGAAAGGCAUUCUGGAAGAUACCGGUAGCUCCCUCUAUGAUAUACUUGUCUCCUUGUACCUCAGAGGUAUCUUUAAAAAUGUUUGAUUUCCUUCUCCAAGCUGGAACUCAUGACUUAGAAGAACAAGAUAAAGCUAAAAUGUAUGAAAGAAUGAUUGUGACCAAAGAUAUGAAAUACAUGCCUGAGCGCAAACCUGCAACACCAGCAAGGUUGGAAAUUCCAUUCUUUGGUGUUUCUCCAUCUCCAUCUUUAAUUCAAGAGCCACUUGAGGCAACUAAACAGGAAGAAGAGCAGUUUUCAAGAAAGAAAACAGAACAAUGCAGUGAAGGCUAUAAAUCCACUAAUGAAAAAGAUAUAAGAGUGGUGUUCUUGAGGAAAGAAAAUGAAGCAAUUCAGCAAAAGGAAGAACAAAGUUUGACACCAGAAUUUGAAAAAAGAUCAUUUUCUCACAGAUAUUGUUUCACACCCAACAACUCUCUGCAAUAUCAAACUUUAGAAUAUCCCAACAUUGUAUCUGAAUCAUUUUUUGCUAUGAUGAAGCCUUUCAAACAAUAUCAAAGACACCCAUAUACUGUGAUGGAAGAAACUACCAUUAACCUUCCUAGGGACUUCCCUUACAGGCUGGCCUGGGGGACACCAACUUCUCAAGAUCUGAAGAUAAAACUUUAUCAUCCUAAACUGAAAUUGAGAAAAGAACAAGGAGCAAGCAAAGUGGUUCAAGAAAAAACGCUGCAACCAACCAGAUCAAUUCCAGACAAAGGGAGAUACAUCUUAGUGAAUGAUCCAAAUUCAGCACCUUCAGUUCCCCCUAUGAGUUUACUGGAAAGCAGAUUGCUCAGUGCCCGUUUUCCUGUACAGAAAGAAAAGAUUCUUCGUUCUCUCUUCUGAGAUGCGGGAAGCCAAGUAGUCUUAUCCAUUUCUUUCACCAGCUUUGUUGUAGAGAAUAAGCCAUUUUCAACAUCUUUACUACUUGCAUACCUUCACUAGAUAGUAAUAGAUAGGUAAAAGCACAUUCUUCCUCUCUUUCCUCCCCAAACCAAUGUAAUAGCUCAUUCUCACUUUAUAGUAUUUGAACAAAUUAACCUGGUUUGAUUAGCCAUGCAAUAACACCAACAUCUGAGCUUCCACAUUUCAUUGUGUAAUGUGAAUUAUUUUUAUGAUGUACUUUUUGCAACUUUUAAUCUAUUCUUACAUGAAUAUUGUCAAUGAAGUAGUUUUUGAGAGAGUAACAGCAGAGCAAAAUAUUCAGAGGUGGGUUUUUUGUUCUUUUUCCAAUAUGGUAUGUAUUUUACUUCCUUGUACCUGCAAAGACAGGGCUAACUCUCUAUGCUGUUUCUGUAGCCACAUCAACCUGGUUUUGGUAAACUGGCGAUCUGUUCAUUCAUGGUCCAAUCCAUCUUGAGGAUUAAUUAGUAGCUAAGUUAAUUAGUUCCAGUUACUACUAAGUGAGAUGUAGGUUUAGGUUUAGUCAAUACUGAAAGGGGAGUCACUUUGAAAUUAAGACAGCUCACAAACUGCUGAAGCUUGCAUAUACAGAUUUCUUGCCCUAU